AUGACUCCAGGUUUGCUUGUGAGGAUCCACCGGAUAAAUGACAGUGUUGAGGUUCUCGAGAACUCUAACAUGACGUUCCCAUUCAAGGGACCAUGGUUUGCUGGGAAAGAUGUACUGAUCACAGUCGAUCCAGCUAAUAUACAGCAUAUAGUGACCUCAAACUUCUCCAACUACAUCAAAGGUGCAGAGUUCCAAGAGAUCUUUGAAGUUUGCGGAGACGGGAUAAUCAACUCAGACGCCGACCGAGCUAGCAAGCUGAAGAAGUGUUACCAGGCCCUGCUCCGUCAUCAAGGGUUUCAGAGGGAUUCAAUGAGUAUCACAACACGCAAGCUCAAUGACGUAUCUCUCUCCAUUGAAUUGCGUGAAAAUGAGUUCGUUAAAGCAUUAGACGAUGUUGCGGAAGCGAUUGUAUAUAGGCAUUUUACACUAAGAUUCAUGCGGAACCUCCAAAAGUGGAUAGGGUUUGGACCAGAGAAGAAGAUGGUAGAAGCUGAUGCAAUAAUUGAUCGUGUUUGUGCAAAAUAUAUAUCAGCUAAGAGAGAUGAGAUACAACAAGGGACUAGUAGUCACCAUGAGGAUGUUUUAACUUUCUUCAUAAAACUAGACACAACCAAGUACGAGCUCUUGAAUCCCAUUGAUGAUAGAACAAGUGAGUGA